AUGUCCCCGCUGGAUGGACUGUUGUUGUCUCCCCAGCAGCUCAGGGAUGUGGCUCAAGGGGUUCCAGCGAAACUGGAGCGUGAUGGUUUCUGUCAGAAUCCCUUGUUUGAGUGUCUUGUUGCAGAAGUGCCAGAGGAGCAUAAAUCUAAAGAAGGCUUCACAGUUGUCGGGUACACUAUUUACUUUUACACGUACAGCACAUGGAAGGGCCGGUCAGUGUAUCUGGAGGACCUCUAUGUGAUGCCUGAAUUCAGAGGAAAUGGCAUUGGCACGGGUUUGCUGUGUAAAGUAGCUGCGUUGAGCAAAGUGAAGCAGUGUGCGAGGCUUCAGCUGUCUGUGCGGGAUUGGAACACUCCAGCUCGGAACUUCUACGCUGCCAAAGGCGCUCAGGACCUGACAGUCAGUGAAGGCUCACACUUUGUCCGCUUUGAUGGACAAAUCCUGGACAAUUUGGCAAAUGAAGCUCCAAAAGAUUAGAAACCCGCCUGGUAAAACAUGGCUGAUUGUGGAACAUAUGGGUAUUGU